CUACAAAAAAUCAAAAGCAGCCGGCAAUUUAAGGAAAAAUAAGUGUUUUGUUUUAUUAUGGUGUCAGAAUUCAGAAGUUUAAAUAGGCUAGUAAGUGUUUAAAAUCAUGCGGUUGUCUGUAUUCAAUAACAUGAGAGUUUCCCUGUGACUAACCAAUUGGCUUUGUAGAAUAAAAUAACUGGUACUAUCAGUGACACAAGUUUCUGAGCUAAAAAGGAUGUAUCAUCUUGAAGGCUUGUUACAACUGUAAAGUGGUCAAGGUUGGGAAUCUCCACCACUUCAUGACCGAUUUUCUUCCUUUUAAGCAGCUGAAACAGUUUAACAAGUAGUUAUCAAAACACAGAAAAUGAGCUACUACCCUGCUGGACUGUCAGAUGAUGACGACGAUGACUUCUCAGAUGGCUUGGAAUUCUCCAAUGAUUACAAUGACUCAUAUAGAACUCGGGAUCUGGUUAAAACAAGUGAAACCAACGAGACCUUGCUGUAUAAUGCGCUUUUAGAAGAGAACAUCGAAGCAAUGAAAAGUGUUCUAGACAGCGGUUUCAAUGUGGAUCAACCUGUAAAAGGCGGAUGGUCAGCACUUAUGUAUGCAUGCUCGUUUGCGUAUUUUCCUGCAAUUGAGUUACUUAUCAGCCGAGGAGCAAAUGUAAAUUUUAAUAAAGAACUUUUUACCCCACUGAUGGCUCUGUGUAAGUCUAAGUCAUCAAGAGAAGAAGAACUCAGCAAGUGUAUGGAUUUGCUUUUGGAAAAUGGUGCAAAUAUAAAUUCCCUUGAUAGGAACGCUAGUACAGCUUUGAUUUAUGCUAGUGCGGAAGGUCAUACGCAGCUGGUUAAGACAUUGGUUGAUUUGAAAUGUGACCUUAACAUUCAGGACACCGAAGGGUGGAGUGCUUUGUUUCACGCAGUCUUUGGAGGUUAUGAUGACAUUGUUCGCACCUUGGUUGAAGCGAAGGCUCGCGUAGACUUGAUUGACAGAAGGAAAAGGUCAGCUUACGAAUUGGCAGUAUUAAAAGGUCAUGACCAUUUAGGAGAACUAGUUUGUUCAAAAAAGGAGAGAAGAAGAUUAAAAGCAGAGGCAGAUGAGUCAGAAGAUGUUCCAGAGGUAAGCAAAACAAGAGAUCCAAUUGAAGAACUGAUGAACCAACUUCCGAGGUCCAAUGUAAAAAAUAGUUCUGGCUUCUCUUCAGACGUCGGUAAAUUACUGUGGUCAAUGAAGCUGGGACAUUUAAACAAGCAGUUCUCUGAUCAAAAUGUGGAGUUGAAUGAAAUUCUUUUGAUCACAGACGAGCGUCUGAAGGAACUCAGAGUGAGAUUUUCAGUUCAUCGCCAUCGUAUUCUCACCUCCAUCAGGAAAUUUCAUUUGCGCCCCUGGAGCAAAUCAAGUUUAGGACUAAAACCGAGAAACGAACAAACGAAUGUUGAUGAUGCUGUUAAAGUAAUUUGCAACGUCAUUAAACAUCUGCAUGUAUUGAGCGCUACUGUUAACUAUGUUCGGUUACAUCAACCAAUUCCUCUAGGUGCUGAAGUAUUUAAAAUGUGUGAAAACUCAGCACAUCAACUUCAUCUGAUCAGCGGAGAGCUUAGUAACAUUCAAUAUUUCUCUUCUCAGCUGAAAGUGAAAGAACCUAUCACUCCAGUGGAUUUGAUCAAACCAAAGAAUAAUUCAAACAAAGGGUACAUGCGUUCUAUGUUCGUGGUGACAGUACUUGUUGGUUUAGUGUUUUGGAAGCGGAAAAUCUUAAUUUCUCUUCCGAUUAUUCAGAGGUUCUUUGUUCAGUAAACAAGUUCAAUAACUUCUGCUUUUAUCUGUGAUGUACUGUUGCUGUUCACACCAAAUUUAAUUAGAUUUUUGAAAUAUGUUAUCUGCUAUGUAAAAAAAAAAUCCAGCUUAGUCAAUUUGUAAAUAUGUUUAAUGUGUAUAAAAAAAUAAUUGACUUAUUUCAGCUACCGUACGUAAUAGGAGGGUAUUUCAGGAUGAAGAACUGUUUCAAAAGCUUUUGCCUUUAGGGCGCGGGUUGAAAAAGUAAUUAUUCUGUAAUUAAAGUGUUAAGUAAUUCUGUCAUUAAAGUGUUAAUAUGAGUUUGGGAGUAGGGAUGCAAAACACAGAUUUGUGUAGCUAAACUGACGAAUUUGACAUCCUCCCUGGCCACUAGUAAGAUUCUUUUUACUAAGACAAUUCCAAUGGUUUUAAGUUUCAGGCUUCUAUCUUUUUAGAGUUAAGUGAUAUUCCGAACUCUGAGGUAAACUGAUGCAGAAUUAAAUGAAAAUCAAUCUGCACACGGUUCUCAGCCUUACUUACAUUACUUUGUUUUUACUAUUACAUACAUACUACUUAGCCUAAGCAAAACUACAAGUCAAUUAAGUAACAAUAUUGUUUUGGAACAAGACUCAACUUUAUGAAAGUAUAUUUUUGUGUUGUAAAGUAAACUAUUUUAUUUUUAUGAUUUAGCUCUAGUAGUGUUUUUAGAUUAAAGAAAUGUAUUUUUAUUUUGCCAGGAAUAAUUUUUAAGUUUUUUCAUCAAUGCAAGAAGGUUAAAGCAGUAGAACCUGGCUUAUUAUUCACUAUUGAGAUCAGUAGCAUAGAUUGGAAGGGCAAGCAAGGUUGUGGGGCAUCUCGUUUAUUCAUUUAGAAACUCACAAAAAACAUUUUAACAAAUCAAAUGAAUGUGAACAAGAAUAAGACAACUAACUGUCCUAUAUAACUGCAGUAUGUUUUAGACAACCACCUAAAUAUGACUUGAUAUUCAUGUACCUUUUGCACUGGCCAUUUAACCAAACAAUUUAUAACCUGUUUGAGUCUAAAAAUACGUUUGUCAUGCUACAUGACAUAAUUUGACACAAUGAUAAAUAUAAAAUUCUCCCAAGCAAUCUAACCAGAAGUUGAAACUGAGGUCGAAUCAGCGAGGUUCUACUGUACCGGUACUGCAACAGCAUUUAGUUAACAAAGUCUGAUAAACUAUGUUCACGUCUCAAGGCUCAAGACUAAUGUUAUAUAAUAUACAGUGUUUUCUACUGUAGAUUAUGGAGUCUAUUUUGUAAAUAUUUAAAAACCUCGCAAUUUUUAUGCAAUUUAUAUCCGCUAAUUAGUAAGUGUGGGAAUUGAUAACUCUUCUUGGCUUUAAUGUUUGGAAAUGUGUUUCAUCAUUUAAUCAAAUUUUGUACUUUAUUAUAUACUAAAUAAAUUUAACUGUGUUCU